UUCUUUUAUUUAUAUAUCCAUGAUCAUUUUUAAAUUAGGUGGGACUCCUAAUCAUCUUGAAAACCUUUUUAGCAAAAUAAGGUAGACAUUCUUUUUACUGCUCUCUUAGCUCUGUUUUGAAAUUCAAAGGAAGCAGAUACCCAUGUACAAUAUUUCUUGCUUUACAUUGUGAUAAAGUCGAUGAAAGAUAAAUGAGUAACCAUGGCAAUCAUGAAGAUGGCUUAUGGACGAUGUCAGUUUAAAUGGAAAACAAAAAGCAGCAAAAACAAAUGCACUAUCGACCUUGAAAUGGGGCCAUUUUUUAGUAUGUAAAUAGAAUUCGUGUCCUCUUUCUGGCUUUCAUUUUCCUCAAUAAAGUGAGAGAAUCUUGAAACUCGGGUCCAAAACGUGACUUCCCAUUUCAUUUUUCUCUGUUAAAUACCCCAAAUGAGCUCUGCUCUGAAGACUGAACGAAUAAGUCAUGCUCGUCUCUCUCAACUCAGAUAAGGAAAUGAGUUCAUGUUUCGUUAAGUGUUCAUCAACUCGGCUGGAGAACAUUGAUGAAAAUGGCCCUGCAAGUUGGUUACCGGGUUCAUGUGUUCUACCUGAAACUCCAAUUGAGUCCAUGGAGUUUCUUGGCAGAUCCUGGAGCCUUUCGGCUAAAGAGCUCUCCAAAGCUCUUUCCACUGCCAAUGCUCCAAGUCAUGUUCAAAAUUCAGUGGUUGGGUUUCUUAGUGCUGAAGCACAUGAUUCAAACUCCACAGUCUUGAGGGAACCACUACGUCCACACUUACCCAGUGGAGAUAGUCCUCCUGCUUCCCCAAGAGGAAGUGACGAAAUGAAGGAUCUAGUAUUACUUCACCAAGCAUUGAAUCCAGAGUUCCUUUCCAAUCAGCAUCUACUUGGAAAUGGGCUAUAUAAGAGCAUAUUGAGAGGCAACAAAACAUUGGGGAGGUGGAUGAAGGAUCAAAAAGAGAGGAAGAAGCAGGAAAUCAGAACACAGAAUGCUCAAUUACAUGCAGCUGUAUCUGUGGCAGGUGUUGCUGCUUCAGUAGCAGCAUUUAUUGCAACGCUCGUGCCGCAAGAAACAUCAUCAGGUAAUCAGAAAUGGCCAUCAAAGACAUCAGCAGCAAUUGCUUCUGCAGCUGCUUUAGUUGCAUCUCAUUGCAUAGAGAUGGCAGAGGAAAUGGGAGCUUGCCAUGAACAUAUCUUGAAUGUAGUUAACUCUGCAAUCAAUGCUAGAACUAAUGGAGAUAUCAUGACCCUAACAGCAGGAGCAGCUACAGCGUUAAGAGGAGCUGCAACCCUCAGGUCAAGGCUUGAGAAAGGGUUGGGAGGCACAAACUUUGGGGCGGGAGAGGAUAAGGUCGAAGAAGAAGGGAAAGAAUCAAACAUCUUGGUAGCAAUUAACUUUGUUUCCAGAGGAGGAGAGCUUCUCAAACGCACAAGGAAAGGUGUUCUCCACUGGAAGCAAGUUUCUUUCAGCAUAAAUUCUGAUUGGCAGGUCGUGGCAAAAUUGAAAAGCAGGCACAUAGCAGGAACAUUUACCAAAAAUAAAAAGUGUGUGAUCUCAGGUGUGAACUGUGAUGUCGCAGCAUGGCCUGAGCGGGAAACGGAAUCGGAUGGCAACGAGCAGAGGGCUUACUUUGGAAUAGUAACAACAGAUAGAACAAUAGAGUUUGAAUGCAAUGGAAAAGGAGAAAAACAGAUGUGGAUUGAGGGGAUACAAUAUAUGAUGAACUUUCGUGCCUACAUGAAAUGAUUCUGACCCUAAAAGAUUGAAGGAAUGUCAUGAAGCUGCUUUCUAUAGUUUGUUGUGUUCUUCUGUUGGAGACUGUUACCCAAGAAUCUAUCAAAGAUUUGAGAUCCUCUUGUAGUUUCAAGUUCUUGACAAACAAUGAAUUGGGGCCUUUCAA